CCCACGUGAACACAAUUGUGAACGAAAUGUGCAGCACCAUGAACAUGAAGGCGUGCUCGUGCAUGUUACCCUACCUUUUCUUCCUUGCCAUCUUGUUCGCCUGGCCGGUCACCUCGGCGACCCUGCGCGCCCAUCUCUCCCACGUCGACGAUAGCCGCGGCUUCACAAAACGCGAGCUGCUCCGCCGUAUGGUCGUUCGGUCCAGGGCCCGCGCUGCCAAUCUCUGCCCAUAUUCCGGCGCCACCGCCCGCCCGGCGACCGCGCCGGUGGGCCGCGCCAACACGGACGUAAACUCCGAGUACCUAAUCCACUUGAGCAUCGGCGCGCCGCGCUCGCAGCCUGUGGUACUGACGCUGGACACCGGCAGCGACGUCGUGUGGACGCAGUGCGAGCCCUGCGCCGAGUGCUUCACCCAGCCUUUGCCCAGGUUCGACACCGCCGCCUCCAACACCGUCCGCAGCGUGGCCUGCUCCGACCCUCUCUGCAAUGCCCAUUCGGAACACGGCUGCUUCCUCCACGGGUGCACCUACGUCUCCGGUUACGGGGACGGGUCACUGUCAUUCGGCCACUUUCUCAGAGACUCCUUCACCUUCGACGACGGCAAAGGCGGCGGCAAGGUCACCGUGCCCGACAUCGGCUUUGGCUGUGGCAUGUACAAUGCCGGCAGGUUUUUGCAAACCGAGACCGGCAUAGCCGGGUUCGGCCGCGGGCCAUUGUCGCUGCCUUCGCAGCUCAAAGUCCGGCAGUUCUCCUACUGCUUCACCACCAGGUUCGAGGCCAAGAGCAGCCCUGUGUUCCUGGGCGGCGCGGGCGACCUCAAGGCGCACGCCACGGGGCCGAUCCUAUCCACUCCUUUCGUACGGAGCCUUCCUCCGGGCACCGACAACUCCCACUACGUCCUCAGUUUCAAAGGGGUCACCGUCGGCAAGACGCGGCUGCCGGUCCCCGAGAUCAAGGCCGACGGCUCCGGCGCGACGUUCAUCGACAGCGGCACGGACAUCACCACGUUCCCGGACGCCGUGUUCAGGCAGCUGAAGAGCGCAUUCAUCGCGCAGGCGGCACUGCCGGUCAAUAAGACCGCAGACGAGGACGACAUAUGCUUCUCCUGGGACGGCAAGAAGACGGCGGCCAUGCCGAAGCUCGUCUUCCAUCUGGAGGGUGCGGAUUGGGACCUGCCGCGGGAGAACUACGUGACUGAGGACCGCGAGUCCGGCCAGGUGUGCGUGGCAGUAAGUACGUCGGGCCAGAUGGAUAGGACGCUCAUAGGCAACUUCCAGCAGCAGAACACACACAUCGUCUAUGAUUUGGCGGCAGGUAAGUUGCUCUUGGUGCCCGUGCAGUGUGACAAACUGUGACUCGUCAAAGUGCGUACGUGCAUCGCUAGCUGCAUGGAAAUCUCGAUUUCUUCAUGAGUACCCAAAUAAUACUCGGCAAAAUGUCAUAUGAACUCGGCAAAGCACUUUGCCGAGUGUUGCAGUUACCUUUUCAUUUUGCUUGGAUAGCUUACCACGCUUGCUGUCUGGCGCCAUUACUUGUUUUAAAUAAACGUGCGUGUAUCUAUAGAAAUGAGUAUAUGUUUAUAUAUGUAAACGACUGGGUCGUAUUGUGUUAAAAAGAACAGAUACAUACAUACGUGUGACGUCUGCCACACAUAGCUAUCCAUGGUGUAAGCAGUCACAUUUCAAAAGAAAAGGUGUAAGCAGUUAUGUGUUUAACUAGUACGGAUUAUUUGUUCUUGA